AUGUCAAUCGCUAUCCACUGUCCUCCUCGUCUCUCUCUCUCUCUCUCUCUCUAUCUCUCUCUCUCUCUCUCUCUCUCUCUCUCUCUCUCUCUCUCUGAUCGUCUCAGUUUUCAUCUUCAACUUUUUUUUUCGUUCUCUAACUGCACUUCUCUUCAUUUUCUUAUUCAUAUUUACUUUCUUUCUUCAUUUCCUUCUCUCUCUCACUUGGUAAUUUUGUUGGUUUUUCUUCGCCCGGCACUGAGUGUUCUCAGAGUAGAGGCUCCAUUCUCUUCCGCCAUUUUGCCCAUAGAUCCUUCCGAGAGAUCCAGAGUGACGAACAUUGUAGUAAAUCGCCAUGCAAAAAUGGAGGUACCUGCGUGGGUUCAAAUAUGUGCCGCUGCCCAGCUGGUUUUAGUGGGGCCCUCUGUGAAAUCGACGCUUUCUCUGUUUAAAUUCUUUUCUCUCAUUUUGUCUUUCGGAUUGUAUUUUAUUAUUAUUAUUAUUAUUAUUAUUAUUAUUAUUAUUAUUUCUCUCCUUGCCUUUCUUUGUCUUCCGUUAUCUCUUUCUCUUUCUUUCUCUCUCUUUCUCUUCCUCUUUCCUAUCUCUAAUUUACCAUCUCUUUCUUCCUCUUUCCAAAUUCUCACUUUCCUGUCCAGUCGUUUGCCUCACUCUUCUUCUUCUUCUUCUUCUUCUUCUUCUUCUUCUUCUUCUUCUUCUUCUUCUUCUUCUUUUCUCUUCCCCUUUCUCUCUCUUCAUCCAUUUUCUGUUUCUCCUUCUCACUUUCUUUCUAAACUCUUACACACUGACAUGUCACGUCAUGUCUUUUAUCGUGGAAACAGCAUUUCAAAAUCAUAA